AUGUGUCAAUAUCAAUGUACGUAAGUAUGUACAUAUCUAUAGUACAUGGUUCCACGUGGUUGAAGUAUUAGAAGUUGUAUGAGGCUUUGUAAUAUAUUUUUGUAAUACAUAUAUUUGUUAUGGGAAAUGGAUAAUUGCGAUUUAAUAAAAACAAUUGAAGAUGAUCAAGAAGUGCCAAAUUUCUCUGAAGAUUCUGACAUUGAAGAUGAUUUUCAGCCCAGCAAACAAAAGAAAAAAGAAAAUAAAGACUUUGAUAACAACUUUCAAUUUUUAAGUGAUAUUUCCGAUUAUAAUAAAGACACAUGGAAUGACUUAAGCAAGUACAUAAAAAGAAAAGCUAAAACAAAACUUGAUGACAAAAUUAAAAGAAUUAGGCGAGGGUCUGAACAUGAGACACAAGAUGAACUUGAUAGUGAAACCAAUGCAGAUUUACCUGAGAUUAAAAAAGAAGAUAGUGAACUAUCUUUAUCGGAAGAUGAACUUAAAAAAGAUAUAUUUAAGACUAAAAAAAAGAAAAGUAAAAAGAAAAAGAUAAUUAAAGAAAAUGACGAAGAAACAAUCAAUUUUGAAGAGUAUUCAAAUAUAGAAUCUCAUGCAACAUUUUAUCAAAUGAAUUUAUCCCGUCCUUUAUUAAAGGCUAUAACAACCAUGAAUUUUGUGCAUCCUACACCUAUACAAGCUUCUACUAUUCCUGUUGCAUUAAUGGGUCGUGACAUAUGUGGUUGUGCUGCUACAGGUACUGGUAAAACUGCAGCUUAUAUGUUGCCAACUCUAGAAAGAUUAUUAUAUAGACCAUUAGAUGGUCCUGCUAUUUCUCGUGUUCUUGUUCUUGUUCCAACAAGAGAACUUGGUGUGCAAGUGUAUCAAGUUACAAAACAAUUAUCCCAAUUUACAACAAUUGAAGUAGGGUUAUCUGUGGGUGGUUUAGAUGUGAAAACUCAAGAAGCUGUAUUAAGAAAGAACCCAGAUAUAGUAAUAGCUACUCCAGGAAGAUUAAUUGAUCAUUUAAGAAAUGCACCAUCAUUUUCAUUAGAUAACAUCGAAGUGCUUAUAUUAGAUGAAGCAGACAGGAUGUUAGAUGAAUACUUUGCAGAACAGAUGAAGUACAUAGUAAAACAAUGCUCUAGAAGUAGACAAACAAUUUUAUUCUCAGCUACUAUGACUGAAAAGGUGAAAGAUUUGGCUGCUGUAUCUUUAGAUAAACCUGUUAAAGUUUUCGUAGAUAGUAAUCAGGAUGUCGCUUUUAAUUUACGCCAAGAAUUUAUCCGGAUACGAAAAGAAAGAGAAGGAGAUCGAGAAGCAAUUUUGGCAGCCUUAAUUCGUAGAACCUUUCAUGAUCAUGUCAUGGUUUUUGUACAAACCAAAAAACAGGCUCAUAGAUUACACAUUCUGUUAGGAUUAUUAGGUAUCAAGGUUGGAGAACUUCAUGGAAAUCUUACACAACCACAACGUCUAGAAAAUUUAACAAAAUUUAAAAACGAAGAAAUAGAUAUUUUAUUAGCAACAGAUGUUGCUGCAAGAGGUUUAGAUAUUAGUGGGGUAAAAACUGUAAUUAAUUUUGUAAUGCCAGCUACUAUGCAACAUUAUAUUCAUAGAGUUGGAAGAACGGCAAGAGCUGGUCGUAUUGGAGUAUCAGUAUCAUUAGCUGGAGAACAAGAACGUUCUUUAGUUAAAGAGAUUAUUAAAAAUGCAAAAAAUCCAGUAAAGAAUCGAAUAAUACCUCCUGAUAUAAUUCAUAAAUAUUCUAAAAAAUUACAAUCUCUUGAACCUGAUGUUGACAAAAUUUUAGAAGAGGAACGAAAUGAAAGAGAAUUAGCUAAGAUAGAAAAUCAAGCAAAUCGAGUAGAAAAAUUAUUAAAGAACGAAAAUAAUAAAGAGGCUCAAAGAACUUGGUUCCAAACUCAAAAAGAAAGAAAAGAAGAAAAAGAGAAAUUAUCAUUAACUGAAAAACAACCAAAUAAGAAGAAGAAACAAAAAAGUACAAAACCAUUAAAUGUAGUUGAAGAAAAGAAAGAGAAAUCUAAAAAACCUAAAAAGGAAACAGCAGAGGAUAGAACCAAAAGAGAAUUAGAAAAAAUUGCAGCAUAUCAAGCAAGAUUAGCUAAAAAAAAGAACAAACAAAGUAAAAUUCGAACAAUUAUUGAGGAUGAUAAAUUUGCAUCUAAUAGAAGAGUAUCACAAAAACGGCCAAAAUCUUCAUUUGCUGCUGAUUUAACAAAUACAAGUAAAAAAGCUGUGAAAAAAAUGCGUUACGAGGCAAAUGUUAAAAAGAAUCAGAAUAAAAGAAAAAGUGUAAAAAAUUUAAGCGUAGGGAAGAAGGAUAAUAGAAAAAAUCUUAAAAAACGUUAAAUUAAAUUUUGAUAUCUGUAACUAUAUCUGAUUAAAUACAUACCAUUUUA